CGCCCACUUGUUAAAUUUAUAUUCUACUUGCAUUGUUUUGCCAGAUACUGACAGUCUGUUUGUGACGUCUCUGCUUAAUCUUCCAAUCUAUGGGUCUAAUUCACACUUGUACGCUAACCUGUACCACACAGCGCAUUUAUAGCAACUUGGCGUUUAUGGUGUCUACUAGUCCCUACAUCCAUGCAUAGGAAUAGGCGUGUGUCUCCUAUAAAUACUACUUAAGUACUCUCCCCAGAUUGAACCCUAUCACACUAGAUAACAUGCAGAACCCAGCGUCUUUGCUACUGUUUGACAUUCUCUGGGCAGGAAAGGGGGAAGCUUUGUGUCGGUGGGGUGGGUCGGCAGAGUGAACUAAUGGAGGGGAAGCCCCGGCUGGGAUCCUUCUGGUGGGGUCAGCUCCGUGCAGUGAGAAUUUCUGUUUCUUACGGCUGCUCACGGCACCAGCAUACUCUUGUAUUAGUCAGACAGGCCCUUGGUACCGGAUGUCAGCUGGAGGGUGUGGGGAACAAUUCCAGGUGGUACGCCCAUGAAGUAGUCCCUGCUCAGAACACUGUACUUGCUGGCAGUGGUUUUGGGGUACACCUGUUAUGUAUUGGUAUUCUGGGAUUGCUACAUGACAAGAAGUCACCUGUAUUGUGAGUCUUUAAUUCCUGUAUUAUUAUGCCUUUGGGCUUCCUUUUUUCACCCAUUACAUGGCGAGUGUUGGUACACGUUUAUAAGAGGAAUGUUUCUUUCUGUACAUUGCAAGUAUCUUAUUUGAGCCAAAUGGCUUCUAUUUGAGAUGCAUAAAGCACAAUCACUGGCACCAUGUACAUUUCUGGAGUGGUUUUAUAUCCCUUUCAGACAUGCUCUAAAUUCCCGGGAUUUUACACAUGAACGCGCAUCAACCCGGGAAUUUGGUAUGUCUGAAAGGCACCGACCCAGGAAUGUGAUCCGGGUCGCCAACCCUGGAAUUGACCUGGGAUUUUACCGGGUUUUUCUUCCCAGGUUGGCUUCCCGGGUUAAGUCUGAAAGGCGCGACCCUGGAAUUUGCUCUCUGGCUGCAUGAAAAAGGUUUUCAUUGGUCAGAAAGGGCCACCUGAUGCCUGCUGAUGACCUCAUCAGCGGCAGACAGAGGGGAAUAGACGCCACAGCAGCAUGGGAGGAGGCAGAGAGCUUUGCUGUGAAGUGUGGCAGUGCCAGAGUGCAGAAGGUACACAGAGCUGUGCAUGUAUGUGUGCCAGUGCCAGAGUGUGCCAAAGUAACACAGAGCUGUGCAGAGAAGUCUGCAGAAGUGUGCCAGAGGGUGCCAGUGAAGAGACUCCCAUUUUGUUCAUAAUGGCUCACUGGAAGGAGGAGGAGGUCGAGGAGCUACUACAUGUGAUGGGUGAGGAGGAAAUUAAAUCACAAAUAACAGGGACUGUUAAGGAUGCCAUGAUCUAUGGCAACAUUGCAUGGAUCCUGUCCGUCAGAGGUAUUGUGAAGACACAACAGCAAGUUCUUAACAAACUAAAGUCCCUUAAGAAACAAUAUACCAAGGUCCAUGACCACAAUCGAAAUCGCAGUGGUAUGGGAAGGAUGGAGUGGCCCUUAUAUGAACUGUGCAGCAACGUGUUUGGCCAUACAGCACUUAGCAAUCCCAUUGCCCUAUCCUCAUCUAGUGAUGCUGGCACGCUGUCUGCUAUACCAUCAGCCGUGGCUACAUCGUCUCCAGAUUGCAGCCAGCAGAGCCCGGCAUCAUUGCAGAGCCUAUUUGAGGAUGAAUCCAGAUGUUGAUUCGGAUGUCACCAUCAUCAUCGAUCCAAACAAGGCCACAGAUGUGACCGCAUCGUCGCAGAGCACGGGGGUCGAUUCCCUACCACAGACCCAGGGAGACAAGCCUACCCUACGCUCAAACAUUUACACAGUCCCGCCUCGUAGGAAAAAGAAGACCAAAAUAGAGGUAACUACAAAAGCCAUGACAAAUAUCCUGUGCGAGCAACUACGCAAGAUGGAUUCAGAUUGGCAGAGUCAAGAGGACGCAAGAUUGCAAAAAUUCAUGGACAAUGAACGUGAACUGCAGAGGAAUUUGGUAACGCAAAUGGUAGUUAUGCAGGAUAAGAUCAGCAGCGAGAACCGUGAAUUCCUAGGUCAGCUUGUUUCUAAAAUGACCUCUACACCACAAUUUACAAACACUCAUUCUGACCUACAAUCACAUUCUCACACCGCAUUUGGUCCAAAAACACGGUAUGCCCAGCAAGGCCAGUCUCCCACAUCUUUUGGGCCUAUAUCACAGUAUAUGCAACAAGCCCAGUCUCCCCCAUAUUUUGGGCCUAGAUCCCAGUAUACGCAGCAAUCCCAGUCUCCCACCACUUUUGGGGAUACUCACCAGUUUACGCAGCAAUCCAAGUCUCCCACCACUUUUGGGGAUACUCACCAGUUUGUGCAGCAAUCCCAGUCUCCAACAUCCUUUAAUUCGACCUUGAAUACAUUGAAGAAUAGACCGAGAGGUUCAGAAUUUGGAGAUUCAUUCUCUAGUACAACUCCAGUGGAAUCUACUCCCAGCAAUAAACCACAGUACCAAAUUCUCUAAUGUAUACUGUGCACAUACAGUAAAUGUUUGUUCUAUGUUUAUUGGUUGGGUAUUGUGCCCAUAACUUUAUUUUUGUUUAAUGUUUUGUUUGUGAAAUACGUAUGUUUAAAAUGCGUAUGUUUGUCUUCAAAAAUUCAGGUAUUGCGCAUACGCUCAUAAUUAUGAGUACAUCAUACACCUUGGUCUUAUGAUUAUUUCGUUUUGUAUUUUUCACUGCAAUACCGCAGCACUUUUUUUUUUAAUGUAGAACAGGGGUUAUGGAACUACACUUCCCAGCAUUUUCUGCCACCGUUUAGCAUGGGCUAAAAUCUAAAAUGUGGAUGGGCAUGCUGGGAACUGAAGUUCCAUAACAGAUGCAAGGCAAAGGUUGAAGACCCCUGUGAUACACCAUGCCCUUCGGCAAAACUACUUUUUUGCACUGCAAUACCGCAGCACUUUUAUGUUAUGGCUAAAGUGGGUGUAAUGCGCCUGUCAUUGUACUAUACCAUAUAUGUCCUCAUAAUUGGGAGGAUCUCAUUAAAGAUGCAAAAGAUGUGCGCACACAUUUUACAACUUGAAAAAAAACUUUUAUUCUUUCUAAAAUAAACAUUUUUGGAAAAGAAAAACUGGUGGUCUAUUUAUUGAUAUAUAAAUAUGGGACUACUGUAUUCCUAACAUGGAAUUUAAAUUAACU